AUGAAAAACACUCACCCUCAAGGUUCUGCACAGGCCCUCCCAGGCAAGUAAUAAGCAGGCGAGAAAAUUGUUGAAUGGCUGACAUUUGACAACAUGCACCACCAGUGGCUUCUGUUGGCCGCUUGCUUUUGGGUCAUUUUCAUGUUCAUGGUGGCUAGCAAGUUUAUCACGUUGACCUUCAAAGACCCAGAUGCAUACAGUGCCAAACAGGAGUUUCUGUUCCUGACAACUAUGCCAGAAGUAGGGAAGCUGGCAGAAGAGAAGCACUUCCCUGAAGAACUGAAGCCGACCGGGAAGGUGCUUCCGGAUAGCCGCCUUGUUCAGCCCCUGGUCUACAUGGAGCGCCUGGAACUCAUAAGAAACGUCUGCAGGGAUGAAGCCUUGAGGAAUCUCUCUCAUACUGCUAUCUCCAAGUUUGUCCUGGACCGAAUAUUUGUCUGUGACAAGCACAAGAUUCUUUUCUGCCAGACUCCCAAAGUGGGCAACACCCAGUGGAAGAAAGUGCUGAUUGUUCUAAAUGGAGCGUUUCCUUCCAUUGAAGAGAUACCCGAAAAUGUGGUCCAUGACCACGAGAAGAAUGGCCUCCCUCGCCUCUCUUCCUUCAGUGACGUGGAAAUUCAGAAGCGCUUAAAAACAUACUUCAAGUUUUUUAUUGUAAGAGAUCCCUUUGAAAGACUCAUUUCUGCAUUUAAGGAUAAAUUUGUUCACAACCCCCGGUUUGAACCUUGGUAUAGACAUGAGAUUGCCCCUGGCAUCAUCAGAAAAUACAGGAGGAACCGGACAGAGACCCGGGGGAUCCAGUUUGAAGACUUUGUGCGCUACCUGGGUGAUCCGAAUCACAGAUGGCUAGACCUUCAGUUUGGGGACCACAUCAUUCACUGGGUGACAUAUGUAGAACUCUGCGCACCCUGCGAGAUAAAGUACAGUGUGAUUGGACACCACGAGACUCUGGAGGACGAUGCCCCAUAUAUCUUAAAGGAAGCUGGCAUAGACCACCUGGUGUCCUACCCGACCAUCCCUCCAGGCAUCACGGUGUACAAUAGAAGCAAGGUGGAGCACUAUUUUCUGGGCAUUAGCAAACGAGAUAUCCGACGACUGUAUGCGCGUUUUGAAGGGGACUUUAAGCUCUUUGGGUAUCAGAAGCCAGAUUUUUUGCUAAACUAAUACAUAGGACCUGCGAAUUCAUGUAUCUUUGUUAGACCAGGGGCUAACCAGGGGGAGGUCUGAGCACAGAAAUGACACUUCCUCCAUCUCACCUCUCCUUUUAGAACUCCUGAGGGCUCCCACGGGCCUGUGCUGGACCCCGCUAUGA